AUGGAUAACAAUACCUCUCCAAACUMUAAGUGGCUUCCUCGUAUCGGAGAUUGGAUCUGCACUGGUUGCACUAACAACAAUUAUGCAUCACGAGAAAAGUGCAAAAAAUGCGGGCAACCAAAGGAAGUAGCAGCAUUAUCAGCACUUGCUAUCCCUGGAGCUUCUCUUCAGGCUCAUCUCAAUUACUUCACGCGUGUGCCUGAGCCAAUCGGUCAACCUGGUUCUUUACUCGCAUUCUCUAACCCUGCAAAUCAAGCGCCGGUUCUUAAAGAAUGGAGGAGCGGCGAUUGGAUUUGCAGAUGUGGGUUUCAUAAUUAUUCCUCUCGUGUACAGUGCAAAAAGUGCAAUGAAGCAGCUCCGUUAGCCCUUGGAACAAAGAGAUUAGCAUCGGAAGUUUUGGCUCAGGAAUGGGAUAGCAAAAGAUUGAAUCAAGGACAUACAAGCAUGCAACCACAUUCAGCGAUAUAUGCAUCUUUUCCUGGUGUGAGCCCAGGCAGGAUUUCAAAUUGGCAACUUCCUCUCCCGUUUCUACAGCAACAUUCAACACCUGCUUUACUUGGAAAGGGAGCAAAACAAUGGCGUGAUGGAGACUGGAUGUGCACAAAUUGCAAGAAUCACAACUACGCAUCUCGGUCAGAGUGCAAUAGGUGCAAGACUAAACGAGAUGUCCAUGAGCAGGACAUAACUCCAAUACAAUCUUGA